CUGUAAGGGUGUUUUUACUUUUUUCUCCCCUAGAACAUGGUGAUGAGUUUCCGAGUCUCAGAUCUUCAGAUGUUGCUGGGUUUCGUUGGCAGGAGUAAAAGCGGACUUAAACACGAACUAGUCACCAGAGCACUGCAACUGGUGCAAUUUGACUGCAGCCCUGAGGUUUUCAAGAAAAUUAAGGAGCUCUAUGAGACUCGCUAUAACAAGAGGAGCUCUGAAGCUGCUCAGCCCCAGCCCCAGCAGCACCGCUCUGCUGAGGCACUCUCCAUACACACCAACUACGACCGCGGGAGCACCAUUCCCCGGACUACUAUCCCCACCACUAACAUUGACUAUCCUGCUCUCUAUGGGAAAUACCUUAAUGGACUGGGGAGGUUGCCACCCAAAGUUGCAAAGCCUGAAGUUCGCCUGGUGAAACUUCCCUUCUACACGACCCUGGAUGAGCUGUUGAAGCCAACAGAAUUAGUUCCACAGAAUAAUGAGAAGCUUCAGGAAAGUCCAUGUAUUUUUGCAUUAACACCGAGACAAGUGGAGCUGAUCAGAAAUUCCAGGGAGCUGCAACCUGGUGUGAAAUCAGUUCAGGUUGUGCUAAGAAUCUGUUACACAGACACUAGUUCUCCUCAGGAGGAUCAGUACCCCCCAAACAUCGCCGUGAAAGUGAACCACAGCUACUGCUCAGUGCCGGGCUACUAUCCAUCAAACAAGCCUGGAGUGGAACCUAAAAGGCCCUGUCGUCCUAUCAACCUCACCCAUCUCAUGUACUUGUCUGCAGCCACCAACCGCAUCACGGUUACCUGGGGGAAUUACGGGAAGAGCUAUUCUGUGGGGCUGUACUUGGUGCGACAGAUGACCUCAGCAGAGCUGCUGCAGAGGUUGAAAACCAUCGGGAUCAAACACCCAGAGCUCUGCAAAGCCCUUGUAAAAGAGAAGCUACGCUUGGACCCAGACAGCGAAAUUGCCACUACAGGUGUUCGUGUCUCGCUUAUCUGCCCGCUGGUGAAGAUGCGGCUGUCUGUGCCGUGCCGGGCAGAGACCUGUGCACAUCUGCAGUGCUUUGAUGCAGUCUUCUACCUACAGAUGAAUGAGAAAAAACCCACGUGGAUGUGCCCUGUGUGUGACAAACCAGCACCCUAUGACCAGCUAAUAAUUGAUGGGCUCCUCUCAAAGAUCCUGACAGAAUGUGAAGAUGCAGAUGAAAUCGAGUACCUGGUGGAUGGCUCCUGGUGUCCCAUCAGAGCUGAGAAGGAGCGGAGCUGCAGCCCUCAGUGUCCCAUAUUAGUUCUAGGUUCCUCUGAUGUGAACGGGCUGUUGCCCACUCCCAACACUAACGGUGAGAACGGUAAGGCCGCUGCAGAUGUUGUAGAUUUAACACUGGACAGCUCCUCCUCGGAGGAAGAGGAGGAGGAAGACGAGGAAGAGGAUGACGAUGAUGAGGGACCCCAACCAAAACGACGCUGCUCUUAUGAGAAAGGUUUAGUUUCUGCCUGCUGACUGCGGAAGCAGCUCUGAAUCUCAGAACGGACAGACUUGAAUACUCUGGUGCUUAUUGAACUGGAGGAGGGGGAUAGCGUCCUUUUCCAUCUCAUCUCCCUUCCUCCCUCAUCUCCUUUGACCUUCCUAUUCCAAAUUAAUCAUUAAAACGAGAGAAAAAGAAAACAAAAAGCAAACUACAACAAAAAAGAAAAAAAAUUAAAAAAGAAAACAAAAAACAAACCAUUGAGCUGCUGCUUGGUUGGAAAAGAAAUGACCCCACUCAAAGCCUGAUCCUGAACUGGAGUCUGAAGCAAGGAAGGAAAGUGUCUUCAGCCAGGCAGUCGGAAUGCACAGCUCCACCUGCACGUCGCCAGGACACCCAACUCCGUGCAUCUCCAAAGCUGUGUGCAUUUUAAUGUCUUGUUAAAUAACCAUUCCUUAAUUAAUCUAAA